UGCUUCAAAUACAGCUCUCGAAAACCCAUGUUUGGAUUCCUUGACAUCAGCAAUGGACAAGGAUCAAAUUUCGCAAGGUAACAGUACCCCAACCGUUAACUACUAUCGCGAACCCGUUUCAGAUCACUACACAGGCUACGAGGAAGUAGCGUUUCACAUUGAAUAUGGCAAGAUCUACAGCAAAUCUGCUGGUAUGAACGUUCACGCAAGGCUUGUACACAACUUUGGCCAAUUUCCAGUGUCUUCUCCAGUGGCUAGCUUACCCACGGAUUCCGAUCAUUACGAUCUUGAAAAGAUCAACACUCAUCACAACUCUGAGCUGUGUUCUGAGAUAGCUUGUCAACUUAAAUCUGACUUUCCGGAACCAGAAGAUACACUCUGCGAAGAAAGUGAAAAGUCACUUGAUCGCCAGACCGAUAGGCUUGAUCGCGAACAUUCAGAUCCUGGAGAAAAGCAAUAUAGAUGUAAGCAGUGCGAUAAAUCUGUUUCUACUCCGUCUUGCCUAACUUCUCAUCAAUGUACACAUCCAGAAGAGAAAUCGUUCAAGUGUAACGUGUGUGACAAAAUGUUCACCACGCAACAUAAUCUUACCCAACAUGCACGACUUCACUCAGUAUGCAAAGCGUUUUCGUGCAAGUACUGCGCAAAGCCGUUCGGUGACAAACAUGGCCUACAUGUUCAUGAACGUAUCCAUAACGGGGAGAAGCCGUUCAGGUGUGGUUCCUGCGAUCGAAUGUUUCGCCGUAAUACCCAUCUUAGAGUUCAUGAACGUAGCCAUACUGGAGAGAGACCAUAUAAGUGCAAAUCGUGCGAGAAGUCAUUCACGACAAAAUCAAAGCUCACCGUGCAUCGACGCAUCCAUACUGGAGAGAGACCAUACAAGUGUAAAUCAUGCGAGAAGUCAUGCACGACGAAAUCAGAUCUCACCCGGCAUCGACGCAUCCAUACUGGAGAGAGACCACACAAGUGUAACUGGUGUGACAAGUCAUUCACGACGAAAUCAAAUCUCACAGUGCAUCAACGCAUCCAUACUGGUGAGAAACCAUACAAGUGUAAAGUAUGUGGCAUGGCAUUUCGGGAAAUGUCAACUCUCAAAUAUCAUCAACGAAUCCAUACUGGAGAGAAACCAUUUUCGUGUAAGGAUUGUGGAAAGUCUUUCACUAAGAAAUCCAGCCUAACACGUCAUGAGAGGAUCCAUCCCGGAGAGAACCUGAUCAAGUACAAGUGAUCGUGACUAGCCUUUCAAUGCGACAAACAGCAUUGAAGACCAUGGAAAUACGAAACACCGAAAACAGAAGUAUCGUUUUCAAGAUUAUGGGAAAUGCUUUUUAGCCUAUCAAAGAGCGUUUUAAACAUUAUUCCUUGUUUAUGCUUCAAACUCUCUAACUCGUUUUCUUAUAGGCAUUUUUUGGUAACUGUUCAGUUAUAGUUAUUGCUCUGUGUGCACCGUCUUAUCCUGAAAUUUCUUCAAACACAUGUACUAUGAUUUUGUUUGCGCUUUUCAUGCAUCGUUCAACGCAAUGCAUAUUGAUGAAAUGUACAAAUUUUUCCUCGUACUUUCCUGUUGUCGUCUUCUUUUUUUCUUGCAUUAUUGUUGUCUACCAUACACGCUGGAUGGGGUGCUUGUAAUUUCCUUCUGGUCAUAUUCAGUCAAUGAGUUAGGAGAAUUUACAGAAUGGAGUUGGACGUCUGUAGAAUUGCGACCUAUGCUAAGCACUGUAAUCUUUAAGUCGUAGUGAAUUCAAGCGGUUUCGUAAACCGUGCUUUUUAUUAUUGAAAAUUUUUAUUAUAAAUAUUAUUAUCGUGAUA